UGAUCCUCCUCUUGUUCUUCCGCUCUUGUUCGGUUUCUUUGCUUUUUUUUUUCUUGUUCAUUGUUCCAAUUCUCUUCUUCAGCAAUGGCAUCUGCAGAUGUUGAGUUCCGUUGCUUCAUUGGUGGCCUUGCAUGGGUGACCGAUGACCAAGCCUUAGAGAGGGCUUUCAGUCAAUACGGCAACAUUAUUGAAUCAAAGAUCAUCAGCGAUCGUGAGACUAGGAGAUCCAGAGAUUUUGGAUUCGUGACUUUCCGCAAUGAGCAAUCGAUGAGGGAUGCUAUUGAAGGGAUGAACGGACAGGAUCUUGAUGGUAGGAAUAUUACCGUCAACCAGGCCCAGACCAGGGGUGGCCGUGGCGGUGGUGGAGGUGGUUAUCGCAGCGGUGGCGGCGGUGGCUACAGAGGUGGAGGCGGUGGUGGAUACAGCCGUGGUGGUGACUGUGGCUACGGAAGUGGUGGUGGUGGCGGUGGCGGUGGCGGAGGUGAUCGUUACUCAAGCUGGAGAAACUAGGGUUUCUAGUGAUGUUUUAGGGUGUUUGUAUGGUUAGGGUUUGCUUAUGAUGAAUGGGUUCUUGUUACUGGUUAUGGUCCGUGUGCUCCUCCUUUUUGUCCGCUGGUUCGCUAUCAAUAGUUUAGGUUGUGAUAUCUUUCUGGGGAGGUUUUAGUCUUGUUACAAAGUCAUCAAACCUC